AAACAUCUAGACAAGUCUUUUAGGUAUUUGAAGUAGGUAGCUGAGCUAGGGAGGCUAAAUCAGCAUUCAUUUACCUUUCAUGCUUUGCCUCAAUUGAGCUUCUAAUUUUAAGUCCAUUUACUAAUACUUGUAUCCUUCAAACUCCUCAAAUCUUGUACGGAGCUACUAGAGAACCGAUCUCCCUUAAGAGAGCACAGACUAGCUUCCUGUACUAAGAGGCUAAAAACUUAACAAGCAACAAGCCAAGCUCUCAGGCCCAGCGGUCAUCCAUCAGGCAGACCUGUGGCUUUAUGUCCACCACAGUGUGGACCCCCUGCUAAGAAGAAGAAGAAGUAGGGUUAAACUUGAAUAUUAUCAAAUUAUAUUGUUCUAAAUCCCAAUUAGACUCCUUAAUUUUAAUGCAUUGUAACAGAGAUGGCGAAAAAUGCAAAAGAAAGUAGAAUUGCGCUUGCGUAUGCUGAAAUACAAAAAGCAAUUGAAACUGAAAGUUACAGCAAAGUACUGAAAGCGGCGAACAAAGUACUGAAUGAUGAUCACAGUCAAGCAGAAGCAUGGCAGUGCAGGGUGGUGGCAUCAAUCCAUCUCGGCAGCUUCACUGAUGCCAUCAAAGCCAUUGAAAGAGCUCCCAAUUCAAAUGCCAUGCAGUUUGAGCUGGCCUACUGCCAGUACCGCCUUAAUGAGGUCAGGAAAGCUCACACAACUUUGCUAGCGGCGCCUGACAGAGACUCCCCUCGCUGCAAGGAGCUGCUGGCACAAGUUCUGUACCGACUUGAACAAUACGAGGAGUGCAACUCGACGUACCGCGAAGUUGUGCGGUGCGCUGAUGAUGAUCUGGAUGUGGAGAGAACCACCAACAUCGCUGCUGUCCAGGUCCACAGAUGUCUGCAGGGCAAGUGCGAGGCACCAGCCCGCCCCAAGCCCUCGGCGUCCUACGAGCUCUGGUACAACAACGCGUGCGCCGUCGCUGCCGCAGGCGACGCUGUGGAGGCGGCUGCGAGACUCAACGUGGCGCUCGACAAGUGCAAGAGCUUCCUGGAGGAGGAGGGAGCCUCUGAGAAGGAGAUACAUCAGGACCAAGCUAUCAUCAAGGUGCAGCUUGGCUAUGUGCUGCAGUGCUGUGGACGAGACAAGGAGGCCACAGCGCUGUACACGUCGGUGCUGCAGUAUCCUGUUGAUGAUCCUGCCUUGCUGGCCAUCCUGCACAACAAUGUUGCUGCCGCCAACAAAGACACAAAUGUCUUCGAGUCUCGCAAGAAGAUGAAAGCCACGCAAGUUGCUGGCCUGGAGCAUAAGCUCACCUCUGCUCAGCGGGAUCAGCUGACGCUCAACAACUGCAUCAUCUCGCUCGCCUCGCAGCAGCAGCAGGAAGACGCGGGUCUGUUGACGACGUGCGAGUCGCUAGUGCGGGACGGCAGCGCAGGCGUGCAGGCGAAGGCGGUGCUGGUGCUGGCGGCGAGCCUGGCGAGGGCGGGGCGCCUGGAGGAGGCCGUGCAGCGACUGCAGCGCUGGGCUGACGGCAACACGCACGGCGCUCACCUCGUCAGGCUCGCCGCUGCGCAGCUCAAGCUUAGCAAGAACGAUGCUAACGGAGGAGCUGACGAGCUAUACAAGCUACCGCCCGCCGACCGUUACCGACCUGGAGUUGUGGCUUCACUCGUCGUGCUCUACACCGCCAAGAAAAAUAAGGCGGCAGUAUCUAAUAUUUAUAAAGAAGCUGCUAAUUGGCACCACAAAAAUAAGUCAGGAGCCCCGGCUGACGCCCUGGAGGCGAUGCUGCGCCGCGCUGCCGACCAUCACCUGAAGGAGGGCGACCCGCAAGCCGCUGCGCUGGCGCUCGAGCAGCUGCGGGAGAUCUGUCCCGGUGCCGCCACCGCCGUCCUGCCGGCGCUGUUGCAUGCGUAUGCUCAGUUUGAUGCAAAUAAGGCGAAGCAGCUGUCGCAAGAGCUGCCGGACGUUCCGAUUCCCGAAGGAGGCGCUGACGCGGACGCCCUUGAAGCCUCCCUUGGGCCGAAGUUCCUACUGAAGGCCGCGCUGAAAGCUGAAGAGGCUGCUGAAGGCGAUGUGUCCAAGUCAGCGGGCGGGCGCGUGAAGCAGCGCAAGAAGAAGAAGCGCAGGACUGUGCUGCCCAAGAGGUACGUGCAUGGCGUGGUGCCAGACCCUGACCGCUGGCUUCCUCGCUGGCAGCGGCGCAACGCUGGCGGUGGGGGCGGCCGGCGCAGGGCAGCGCGGCGCCGAGACAGGGACGUGGGGCGCGGCACACAGGGCGGCGUCGGCGACGCUGCUGAUAAAUACGAUAUCACGAAGAACCCUGGCUUGCACAAGAGCUCGCAGCAGCAACAGCAGCCUGAGGCAGUGGGACCGCGGCGCAACAUGCCGAAGAAGAAGAACAAGAAGAAGUAAACUGCAGGAUAGCACAGCAACUGUGUCACGCAAUAGCUGACUGAUACAUCAGCUGUGUCUGCAUCAACUGUGUGCUGCAACAGCUGGGGCGUCAUCACCUGUGUGCUACUGCGCCUUCAGCUGCGGAGUCUUCAGAAGGCUGAUUGUAGAUCAUGCAGCGGCCGGACCAGCUUAAUAGUGCCGUAACUUGUACUGUACCUUCAGAAGCUGUAUAAUAUCUCCCACCAGCUGAAUGCUUUGGCCCGACAGCUGGAUACUGCUGCUCCAUCAAUCAGCUGGACGCUCAAUCAUCAGUUAAAUGUUGCUGAUAAUUUAUGUUGAAUGAAUCAGUUGCGUGCAGCAAUAGCUGGUCGCUCCAUCAGUUGCGUGCAGCAACAGCUGGUUACUCCAUCGUUUGCGUGCUGGAUAUGUUUGCCGUGGUUUUUUCUUGGGGUUUCCGGUUUAUUUCCUAUCAUUUAAUUUGUAAGAGUUUUCCUGGUUCUUCGUGGGGUUGAGACUCAUCUUUCAUCAACUGCUGUUUGCGUUACUUGUUUACAGAGGCGACUUUGUCCAUGCCAACUGUUUUUCCAAUAUCAGAUUGUGGUAUUUGUCGUGUAAAAGGGCAUAACUUGUUUUGCGGAGAACCGUCAAUGGUAACGGAUCAUUGCACAUUAUGUCAUUAUUGUAUGAAAAGAUCAUUCACAUGUACAUGUGUACUGCUGAUAAGUGGGCAAACUAUCUACUUUCAUUUGCAUGGUCUGCUAACGGCUGCAAUUACUAAUAAAUGAGAUCACUUCAAUGAUAAUAUAUUACCUUUAAAAUCUGCAGGAUGGGAGAUAGUGUCACAAAUUUCUGAUUGCUACAGUCCGUCAAAAUGCCGAGAAAGAGUUUAAUCUGGAGUAAACGUAAGUUUGAAGUUUGCAUGUCUAUGAUUUAUUUCAUAGAAGCUAAUUAUAUAAAUAGGUCAUUAGGAUAACCUGCAUCAAUUAAUUGAUUAUCGAUCGAAAUUUU